AUGGACCCGCUUCCCUCCGUCGAAUAUGCGUACAACCUGAUUCAGCAGGAGGAGACACGACUCCGAGUGUUACAACAGGCAAACACCGGCGGAGCAGCUGCCACGGAUGGAAUCGGAACCGGCCUCGCCAUCCGAGGGUGGCAGAACCCUACCGGCAGCUCUCGGGGUGGCGGUCGCGGCAGCAACGGUGGUGGUCGCGGCAGCCACGGUGAUGGUCGCGGUGGCGGCAAUGGCAGAAAUCGGCAAAAUUGGUGGGAAGAGAAGCACGGCAAGCCGCCGCAACCGCAAACACCCUGGAACCGUAGCGGGCACGCCGCCGCAGCAGUUGGAGGCCACGGUGGCAACGCCGUGCAGGGGGUCGCGCAAACCGCCGGUGCUGUCCAGCCAGGAGGAAGGACCGGAAAUGAAGCUGCUCAGCCGGUGAACACAACCGGGGCAGCAAACUUCGUCACCGGCGGAAGUGGGAGUGUUAUUCGUGAUUGGAGUGAAGAAUUGAUGAGGGAAGAGGUGGCGCCCGAUUCAGGUUUUACCCCACCAAAAUUCUCAGUCACAAUUAGCCCCCAAAUCUCCUGA